GAGCUGGUGGUGGAAUCACUUUCAUUAGAGGGAGGAGGAGGAGGGAGGGGGACCAGAAAUACCCCAGCAGCUCGGGGUCCAGCACUGAUUGGUGAGUAGCUGGGGCACUCCUCGGCAAGAUGGCUGCAUUGCUGCGCGCAAUAGUGGCAUCCUGGUGAAAUGACGCAAGCCACAGUUUACGUUCAGUCCUCUCCGCUCCGAGCUCUCCGCUCUCCAUAGCGCAGAUCCCGCCCGACUCGCAGCCGGAAGACCGACCGGCUCCAGCCCUCCAGUGGACCGAGCGGCACCGGUUCAUCUGCGUGAGAGUGAGAUGAGGAGAGGCUUCAGAGUGUGAGGCCAUGGGCUGCACCUCGGCCAAGCAGGUGUCGGCCGUGCCCAACGAUGAGGAGGGACGCGGCAAGGCCUACAGCAACGGAGACCUCUUCACCGACGAAUACAAGAUGAAGGGAGUGGAGGAGGUGAAGUACAUGAGAGGGGAUGAAAACCGGGUGAAUGCACGCAACCAGGAGAACCUGGAGAAGAGUAAUGUGCAGUACAGGGGUAAACCGCAGAAAGAGGUCUCUUCGGCAAACAUCAAGUCUAACAUUCACACGUCAGAGAGCCAGCAGGAAUUUUUCAGGAUGCUGGAUGAGAAGAUUGAGAAGGGAGCUGACUACUGUUCGGAGGCGGAGGAGGAGGAAGAUGGGACAUAGCACAGAGGCCCCCGAGAUUGACCCUCACAGAGAGCCUCACAGUGUGUGUGUGCGCGUGUGUGUGUAAAUGCGGAGGUGUGUGCCUGCGUGAGAGUUGAAUCAGUGUUUUACCAAUGGGGCGUCGAUGUGACGGGACACUGUAUGUGUUGGUAUGAGCAUGUGUGUGUAUUUGAACGUAUGGCAAAGAUAGUAUUUUAAUCGAAAGUGAAAGAGUGGGGGAUACAUGAGAGAGAGAGAGAGAGAGAGAGAGAGAAUGGGAUGAAGAGCACUUUCUUCAGAGACUACGACCCUCCUCACCCCUUCAGGCCUCCUGAGCGGACAGAUGGAGGCGGCGGAGCGAUGGCGGGACAGACAGAUGAAAAGGAGGGAGGGACGGUGAAGGACGUGACGAAAACGGAAACUGUCAGCUCAAACCGAGUGAUUUCAUCGAGCAGCUCCUCAUCCCUCCAUCUGUCCCUCCGUAUCCAUCCGGCUGUACCCGCGUGGUUUCGAUCCCGAAUAUUUAACCCCAUGCAAUAGGACAGAGGAACUCCCAAAUACGGGGAGCUCCAGUGAGGACAAAUGUCCGUGGUGGGUGUGUCUGUGCGGAGGACUGAGACACAUAAGUAAAAGGAGAAAGGAGGCCCUGGGAAUGAAAAAGAUGGUGAAGGCAGAGGAGUUGCGUAACACCACCAGGAGCCACACUGAACUUUUUGGCCUGCCUACCUACAGCCAGGCCGGCUGGGCCAUGAGGGACUGAGAGAAUGGGUGAGGGCGGCGGGGUGAGGAAAGAGAAUGAAAAAUGUGGGAUAUUUUAAUAAGACAUAGUAGAGAGCGAGCCGGUGAUUUAGAAACUCUAAACUCCUCCUGCCUUCUGAAGUCAAGGACCUUUUAUUUUUGAUUGUGUUUUGCAGCUACAUGUUCGGUUCUUUUUUUUCCCCCGUUUUUCUGAUGUUUUUUUUUCUUCAGUUUGUUUUACUCUUGGCUUCCUUUUUUAGUAUAUCAUCAUCAUCGUCACCAUCAUCACGAAUUCCAUUAUCGUCCUCCUCAACACAGCAGGCAGACGGAAGCUGUGUUAAUUCAGAUCAUCUGUGUCUCAACCCAAUCCUUCCUCCUUCAUAAACCAUAACACUGCAGAUCCAACCUGACACACACACACACACACACACACACACACACAUGGAGUCUUUUAUUGUACAUAUCGUCGCACACUGUCAUUCCAACACACCUCAGCAUGUACAUUUAAACCAUACAUACACACACACACACAUUAAUGGAUCCCUUUUCAUUUCACCAGCAGACUGUCGUGUGCAUCAUAAAGCUCUUUUCUGCCUUGAUUCAGUGUACACACACACACACACACACACACACACACACACACACACACACACACA